AUGGCUCAUAGAGGAGCAUGCUCUUGUGACAAUGAUUCUGGAGAUGGCGCUGGAGUACUCACUGCGAUACCCGAUCUCAUGUACAGAAAGUCUGUUAUGGAGUAAGU